AUGGACGAGUUUGCGCAAACCCGCGGCGUUGACGACCUGUUUGAUGACGACGUGAUACCCGUUGCAUCGCAGCCUCAGCCAGUCCAUGAGCCUGUUGACGAGCCCGAUACCGCGCCGUAUUCCUCCACACAGCCGAAAGAAGAACCGAUAGAUUCGGCCGGUCCGCCGUCGCAGGUUGAGCAAGCCCUCCCUCCGAAACAGGACGCGGCAACAUCGCAGCACCGCAAACGAGGUGGAGCCGGUCGAGGAAGAGGGAGAGGGAACGGAUUUUCUCGCAGGCUGAGACCUGACACAUCCAAAUCGCCUGAGAAAUCUGGCGGCUCGCCUUCGGCUCACCCUGCUGUAACCGAGACUCCCACCCAGCAUCAGGCUCUGAACGGUGAUGCGGAUGCUCAAGAAAAGCAGCCAGAGAAAGGACAGUCUGCUGAUGCCUCGAAAGUAGAUAAGAACCUUGAUAGCACUGAAGAUGUGCCCCAGGAGGCAGAGCAAGCUAAAGAGACUGCAUCACCGAGGGUCCCGGCCGUACGAGGCGAUCGGAGUAGAACAGGGGGCAUUAGAAAGCCUAAAUUGACCGAGGAAGAAUUAUCCGAACGGAUGGCCGCGGCUAAGCUCACUGCUGCCAAAAAGGCUGCUGCUCAUGCGCGAGCCGAAGCAGACGAGGCCUCUUUUCAGGAGCGUGAGAAGAUAGCUCUGGCGAAACGGUUGGAGGAGCAGCAAAACCGCCGUGUCAUGCUUAGUGAGAGAGAAAAGAACCGACAGAGGAAGCUGAAUUCACAGACAGGUCGCGAAUGGGACGCAGAGAAAUCGCAGGAUUCCUUCUCUGAACACAGCCGGGGAGGCUCAGCAUAUCGCAGAGGAGCCCACGGAAGUAUAGCAAAUGAUACACGUGCUACGACACCCCCGACGUCGGCAGGCGACUAUGAUAACCAACCCAGUCCACCCUUUGGAGAUCGAGGGCGAGGGCGAGCUAGUCGAGGUGGAAGAGGCCAGGGGAGAAGAGGUGCCGGCAGAGGUCGAGUCCUAGAGGACAGAAAUACCGAAGUAUCCCCUCCAGAGCAGCAAGCAAAGGUUCCUGCAUCAGACGAAUUCCCCGCUCUGCCUGGUUCAGAGAAGCAGGGUGAUACUAAAGGGGAGAGGACCGGUGCAACGGCGUGGGAUAAAGCUCCUGAUGUCUUGUCAACGAAGGAACCCUCGGGCACUUGGGCUGAUCAAGUAGAGAUUAGUGAGGAGCUGGAAAGGGGCGCCACAAAGUAG